AUGAGCUCUAAAUUCGCCAACCGCAGGAAGCCCCGCAAAAUUGGCGGCGAUGAGGAGGACGAGGGAGAGGGGAAUGGAGUGAGCGCGGCGCCAGAGCCCGUCGUCAAGCGACCUAUACGCCCGAAAGCGAAGCAAAAAUCCAAAUUGAACCUGUCCUUUGGCGAGACCUCAAUGGCCGACGAUGACGACCAAGACAGCGGGGUAGUCAUUCCAAAGCGACAUGGCCUUGGCCGCAAAGCGAUGGAGAGAAGCGCUGUGCAACGCACAUUAGAUUCCUCGGCAGCUCCGCGAGUCUCGCAGGAUUUAGAUCGACCGAGUUAUAGCAACGACUACCUGAAAGAACUCCGCGACUCAACUCCUUCCACACCCAAGGCCAGUACGGACGACGAGAAAGACCGAACUGUCGAUGUUGCUGCGAAGUUUGGCGAGGUUAUGAAGGUAUCAGGACAAUCUGCGAUUCCGUCGGAGGCCGAGAUUCGGGAAAAGAAGGCCCGUCGGCAACGUCUAGCAUUAGAACACGGUGCCAAUUUGAAGGAGGAGGAUUACAUUGCGCUGGACGACAAUGCCACCCGAGAUGAUGAUGACUGGGAUGCGGUUGCUCGCGGCGACAAGGAAGAGCAUACAGACACGCGCUUGAUACGGGACGACGAAGACUUUGCGGAAGGAUUUGACGAAUAUGUGGAGGAUGGGAAAAUCUCGCUGGGCAAGAAAGCGGAGCGCGAACAGAAACGGAAGGAUCGUGAUGCGAUGCGCGAGCUUAUUAAUGAUGCUGAAGGAAUAUCCGAUUCGGAAGACUCCGAUAUAGAGGAGAAGGCUGCCUAUGAAGCCACUCAAACUAAGGCUGCCAUUGGUAGCAGGUCAGAUGGCAUCGACCGCCCUCGGACACCUCCCAAGAUGACCUCCUUGCCGAAGCUAUCGCACAGUCUCGAGCGACUUCGCUUGUCUCUGGCGACGAUGGAAACAUCCAAAACGCAGAUGAUCAGCCGAAUGGAAGACUUGAGGAAAGAGAAGGCGGAUAUCGCUAUUCGUGAGGUGGAAAUUCAGAAAUUGAUUAAGGAAGCGGGCGACAACUAUGAGCGACUGAAAAAGGAGGCUGGUGUGGAGGGAGGUGCGGAUGGUGCAGCAGCCGGUGCUCUGGAACAGCCGCGAGGGCUGGAAAGCAUCGGCGCACCCAUAACGGCUUCAGCCACUGGAGAGUCGAAUGAUGAAGAUGUACCUAUGGUAUAA